GAACUCGUUGAUUACGCAGUGAAGUCAUCUAAUAGCUUUGGCGAAGAAUUCUCUAACUAUGAGUCGACACUGAGUGCUUUUCUCUCGAAGAAGAUGCCGAAGAUAACAAUUGGUCAAAACAUUUAUAUGCUGCAAUUGCAGAGGAUUAUACAAAGUUCGGUGACGCGUAAUCUGCGACAAAUGCUGCUGGAAAGUCUGAUAACAUACACUCGUUUGAUUGUCAUAUGCCAGAUGUUCUCAUGCCUGAUUGUAAAGCGGUACAACUUCUUGUACAUGUUCAUCGGUUUUCCAUGUACGCCAGUGGGUUAUCGCAAAUUCGGUUCAGGUCCUGGUUGUUUGCUAAGGUUCGUAGAGCUCGAUUCUCUUUUACGGCGCAUAGAGUUCGGUUGCAAUCCGCAAGGUUGCGAAAUAACCAAUUAUGUGGCGGUAGCCAUAAAAGUCUUGGACGUGACGAACGUGCCACCUAAACGAUAUAGAAAAUGGCCACCAGAUGUUGAGGACGCCAUAUACGCGACUGAGUUUGAUCGCAAGCAAAAAAUUGAUAGAUUACGUAUGGAUAAGAUUCGCUUCCUCGACAGGGAACUGCGCAAAGAGAAUGAACGUAUACAGCGCUUCCUCGAGGAAAAAGAGCAGAGAAUAGCAGCACGCACACAGAGAAGCAAACCGAAAGGUAAGAAAAUGGUCAGAUUGAAACUUUCCACCGAAUAUACAGAUGUAGAAGAUGAGUUCGAAGAUUUCGACAUGGAAGAAAUGGAAGAGGACGAAGUAGAACUAAAGCAUAAGCCGGGCAAGCAACUUCAGCGCGAGGCCGAUUCCAGUUUCAAGCCACGUAAAAUCUUAUAUGGCUACCGCAUGCGCGAGAAAGACUGCAACUUCAAAAUCCAAGGUACAACCGCACUGGAAGAUCGUGCUGCCGCGCAUGUGGACAAGAUCAAGCCCUGCUUCUUCGCCAGUACUUUGGCUGUGUUGUAUGCUAUCCUGCGACCCCUCAAUCAAUGGUCCGCGCAGCGUGUGGAUCGAGUAAUCGAGAGUGGUAGAACUAUCGCAAGUCGUGUUACGAAUAUGACGUCGGCCUUUGAGCGGUUUAUCAAGAAUGUCACUGUAGAUGAUUACAAAUUCGAUGUGUGGGUUAAGAGACAUGAUCCAGCCGGUGUGGCCAGUGCGAGUGUCUCCCGUAGGAUUGCAAAGUCUAUGCAAACUCGCAAGUAUUUGCUGCUACAAGUUUCCAAUACAACAUUCGCACUCUUUCACGACGAAUAUUAUCACUUAUUCGAUCCAUAUCCGACCAUGCAGAAACCCCAAGAGGGCGAGGAGGAGGAAGAAGACGCAGAUGGGGACUAUGUCGAAAAGGAAGGUCUACGCAAAGGCAAAUGUAAGAAAGGCGUGAAGAGAUAUGGUGAACGUAAUACUGCCUCUUGGGUGCUCUUUGCCGAUGUUAAUUCCCUGCUGAAAUAUGUUGAUAAACGCGCAGCGAAUUCAUCCUGGCAAACGGCGGAAGAGUAUGCACUGCACGUUAUUGAUGUGAUAUCGUACAGAAAGGCGGGACCAAAGACACGCACACUGCAGUUGCUCACCGAUUUGUCGGUACCGAUUGAAUGCAAGACAACGCAGCAUGGCGAGGAUGAGGCCGUUAUGUGUGCUCAUCCGGAAACUAUGACUUGGUUAGAUCUGGAGAAUUGCUUGCCUGUCUGGAGCCGCAUGAACCGUCGCAACACAGCAGGUCGCUACCGCAAUUUGCCAGUAACGAAGUUGAAGCGAUUCGAUAUAGAGAUCGAUGGUCGCCUGUGGUCAAUUUGGGGCAACCUGCAUCCCGAUGCGCCAGUAUUUAGUGUAUCAUCACGUGGAAAGCAAUACCUUGCAUGUAAUGUUAUGGCCUGUUGUGCUGCAAAGGUGUACAGACUGACCGAUUGGAGUCCGCAUUUACUCGAUACGAUAGUAAUUAACGGCGAUCGUUACCACCGCGAGAGCUUGGAAAAUAUAAAAUUGUCCGACUACGAAUUCUCGUUGGAGGAUUUGAAUCUGGAUUGUACACUGGAGAGCCUCAGAUUCGUUGUGCAUCUGGAACAUGUCGCUUUCGGAAAACUCUACAAUCCAGGCACCCGCACCACGAUGAAUUUGGCCGAUGCAUUGAUGUACUUUUUCACACACUUCCAAUUUGGGGUGCUGCAGUGCUUUAAGCAUUCCCUGGCUAUUGGUCGCACGAUGGGCUUCGACGGAGGCUUCUUUAUGUACGAUUGCCAAAGCAAAGAUCAUCCACUAUUCCCGAAGGGACAAGGUGCUUCGUAUUUGCUGCGUACCAAACAUUUGCAGGUGCUGCUUUACUGCAUCGUGGUGACGCUCAAUGUACCUUAUUAUAAUGUAAGUUUUACUCUGCACAAAGUGGAAAUGCUGCGCGAGGACGCCUCUUUGGAUGAAGAGGGUGAGGCCGGAAGUCAGAACACUGGUGGUAAUUAAAGUAUUGUAGUAAAAUAUUUAUAUCUAUAUUUUUAAAUGCAAAAUUAUCGUUGCUAUGAAUUAAUAUUUGGUGUAAAAUAAAUUAAUCGACGCAAUAAAUUACAAACAUGCACUGUAAUAAAGUCUAGUAAAUACAAUAAAUAAAUA